AUCCAUAAAGACACGCUUGAUGUCCGCCAUGCAGGACACGCUGCUGCUGGGCCUGGAGGGCAUCAAGAAGACCAUCCUGCACGGAGGAACUGGAGAUGUGCCCAAGUUCAUCACCGGAGCAAAGGUGACGUUCCACUUCCGCACUACGCUGUGCGACGACGAGCGCACCGUUGUGGACGACAGCAAAGCUGUGGGACGCCCCAUGGAGAUCGUCAUCGGCAACAUGUUCAAACUAGACGUGUGGGAGACGCUGCUGGCCUCCAUGAGGGUCGGGGAGGUGGCCCAGUUCUGGUGUGACACCAUCCACACGGGCGUGUAUCCUCUGGUGUCUAAGAGCAUGAGGCGCAUCGCAGAAGGCAAGGACCCGGUGGACUGGCAUGUGCGCACAUGCGGCAUGGCCAACAUGUUCGCCUACCACACUCUGGGCUACCAAGACCUGGACCAGCUGAUGAAGGAGCCCAGACCUCUCUUCUUCAUCCUGGAGCUCAUGCAGGUGCUGCAGCCCAGCGAGUACAACAGAGAGUCGUGGGCCCUCAACGAUGUGGAGCGGCUGAAGGCGGUGCCCGUGCUGCACGGUCAGGGCAACAAGCUCUACAAGCAGGCUCGCUACCAGGAGGCCACGCUGAAAUACAAGGAGGCCAUCAUCUGCGUCAAGAACGUCCAGACCAAGGAGAAAGCCUGGGAGGCUCCCUGGCUGAAGCUGGAGAAGAUGGCGCACACGUUAACUCUCAACUACUGCCAGUGUCUGCUCCGCAUGGAGGAGUUCUACGAGGUCAUAGAACACACCAGUGACAUCAUCAACCAGCACCCAGGCGUCACCAAGGCCUUCUACCUGCGAGGCAAGGCCCACGCGGAGGUGUGGAACGAGGCCGAGGCCCGGCAGGACUUCAGCAAGGUUCUGGAUCUGAACCCCGACAUGAAAAAGACGGUGAAGAAGGAACUGGGGGUGCUGAACAUGCGCAUGGAGGACAAGAACCAGGAGGACAGACUCAAGUACAAAGGCAUGUUUUGAAGGGGGAAUAUUUAUACUAUGGUGGGCCUCCAUUGUUGUUUGCAAACAUUUGCUGCAUGGACGUCCACAAGGUGGCGCUGAAUCUACACGUAAUGUGGAGUAAUAAAUCCAGGCCGCGGCUAGUAAAAUCAAAUGGCGUGUGUUCAUACAAGAUGGCUUUUUCUUUAGCUUCCUCCAUCUAUGUGAGGUGCUGAUAAUGAAACAUCUGUAAGUCACAUCGGGGAGCAGAGGAGCGUCCCUCGGGGACACGACGCUCACGCCCAUGCAGAAGUGGAAUGACCACGCAAUCAAUGGCAGUAAACGCAUCACCGCAAGGACAGGAAAUGAAGGUUUGAUAUGCAAGCUCCAGUUUGGGUGUCCAAAGUGCGGCCCGGGGGCCAUUUGCAGCCUGAAACUAUUUUUUUUAAAGCCUACGGCACAUUCUAUACGUUAUUUUACAGAAGAAAAAGUGGAAUAUAAGAGGAAAAAAAAAAUGUAUAUGACUUGUUUUCAACUAUUUAAUGACUGAGACCCUCUUGGGUCCCCGGGACCUUUAGUGUGAUUU